AUGUCCCCUGUAGCGCUAGAAGCCUCUCCUCCUGGCUCGGAUGCCAUUCCAAUCUCGCUUGUACCAUGGGAGGUACGAAACAACGGGAGUUCUGUGGGACCCAGUCCAGCUGCCUCUACGUCAUCUCAUGCUCAAGAAUCAAAGAACGAAGUAUCUCAGGUGGAAAGAAAUACGCUCAGCAUACCUGUGGUUCGACUGGACUCGCGUACGAUCUCCGAUGAGAUGGCCGCCACUUUGUCCGUCAGCCUCCUUGGACACGUUCUCUUCCUCAAGAGCCAGAUCCCAUUGUGCGCGUGCCAUUCAUAUCUUAUAUCUUCACUUUUUUCCCCUGAUGGGAUCUUGGAACUGACUUAUGGUGUUCGCGUUCAUCACAGUCCUGUGCAGCAACUCGCGCGCAUGCCUGCGGGCAACUCUUCAAAUAAAAAGGCCACGAAAAAACGGAUAGAGUUCGCGGAUGCUUUCGAUGAGCUGUCUUCCCACCUACACACAACAUUCACCGCCCUUUCGACUGCCUUUGCUAGAAAUACCGCGCGGUACCUCGUGCCACAGCCUGAAAGCAACCAUGGCGCGCCUUUGAGCGAUCUCACUUCGACGGCACACUUGAUGAUCGCUUUGGGUCCGACUGCGGGGACGGUCAAGGCAAGGAUAAUCCUUACGAUUGAUGGUCUUGAAGUCAAAAUAUGGGGAACGCGAGAGGCCGUGCAACCAUCCGCGUCUCCUGAAGAGGUAGGUGAAGAGAGCUUUGAAGAAGAAGAAGAUGAACAGGUCGAGGAUGAGGAUUCCACCGAUGAAAGUGAGAGUGAAGAAUCGGUGAGCGAAGAAAGCGAGUCUGAGGAUGAAGAGCAAGACGAUUCAGAAGAAGAACAAAUCAUUGACAAGGACGAGGACGACUUUGCCGAGCUCCCACCAGACUCGCCCCCGCCCUCUGAACCUCAUCCCUCUCGCGUCCUGUCCCCACUGCGUGACGCGACAAACACCUCUCGAGUGGCACCCCAGCACCCACCGCCUCCCAGGGCCUCGCCCCCGGCCUACACUGUCCCCCCGUCCAUCCAAAACUCGGCUUCUUCCACGCCCAUGCCUUCAAAGCCGCACCUCGCGCCCCCGCAGACGAAGUCAUACGCGGAGCAACAGCAGAUCUGGCGCAGCGCGACUAACCUCAUGUCCCGCCAGCUCGUGAACGCGUGCGCCGAGGGCGACGGCAUGGCCUGCGAGAUGGCGCCGACGCAAACGCACAUCCUCCUCCGCGCGCCGCGCCGCUUCUCGCAUCCCGCGUGGCACCCCCGCCAAAACCUGACUUCCUCCCUCGACAAAGUGCUCGCGGACUUCCAACACGAGUCUGACCUGGACACUGCCGGCGACGCCGGUCCCACCAAACGGAAGAGGACGGGCAUCAAGACGGAAGGCGUGCUGGUGGAGUGUACCGGCCGAGACCAGGGCAAGCCUGCGUUCGGGGCCAACGAGGUGCUCGGGAGCGAGGACGACGAGAUGAUCUGGUGGGCGUGGAACGGGCGCCUGACUGGCUUUUCGGAGUGGUGA